AUGUCUUCAUUUCCUUCUUUCUCUCAAAAGCAUCUUUCUGGUAAUCGAUUCCAAAUUCGAGGAUUUCCAAAAAUUUGGACUGACAAACUUACUUUUGACGAUAUUGCGUGGUAUUUGUAUGAUUUAUUGGUUAAAUAUGGAGCUAUUGAGAAUAUUGUGAUUAGCUGUUCUAAGAGGGAUAUGGUUGUUUAUGGAAUUGUUGAUAUGAAAAGUGGAAAGGGUGUUGCUCGUAUUAAGAAUGAAAUGCUGGAUAAAUAUGGAAAGUUUUAUUUACAAAAUUGGGAUGCUGCUUUAUCUGUAUAUUUUUUUUAA